CCGCUGCGGUUAGACGUCAAGAGAAAGCUAUCUGCGCGGUCUGACCGUGUCAAAUGCGUAGAUUUGCAUACUCAUGAGCCGUGGAUGUUGGCAAGUUUAUACAAUGGAAAUAUUCAUGUCUGGAAUUACGAUACUCAAACGCUUGUCAAGACCUUUGAGGUUACCGAUCUGCCUGUACGAGCUGCAAAAUUUUGUGUUCGUAAAAGCUGGAUAAUAACUGGAGCGGAUGAUAUGAACGUGCGAGUAUAUAAUUAUAAUACUUUAGAAAAGAUUAAAGCUUUCGAAGCACAUUCAGAUUAUAUUCGAUCGAUUAUCGUCCAUCCUAUGCAAGCAUACGUUUUAACUAGUAGUGAUGACAUGACCAUUAAAUUAUGGGAUUGGGAAAAAAGUUGGCAGUUAGUUCAAACGUUUGAAGGCCAUUCACAUUAUGUUAUGCAAAUUGUUUUAAACCCUAAAGAUACGAAUACGUUUGCAAGUGCAUCACUUGAUCGUACGAUAAAGGUAUGGCAAUUCGGCGUAUCGGCACCAAAUUAUACUUUGGAAGGUCACGAAAAGGGAGUUAACUGUAUCGACUAUUAUACUGGCGGAGAUAAACCGUAUUUGGUAUCAGGAGCAGAUGACAGACUUGUCAAAAUUUGGGAUUAUCAAAAUAAAGCUUGUGUUCAGACCCUUGAUGGUCAUGCUCAAAACGUUUCCGUUGUAGCCUUUCAUCCUGAAUUGCCUAUUAUUUUAACGGGAUCUGAAGAUGGAACCGUCCGAAUAUGGCACGCCAAUACAUAUCGCUUAGAAACGACCCUAAAUUAUGGACUUGAGCGGGUAUGGACAAUUUGUUGUAUGCGAGGCUCCAAUAAUAUCGCUGUUGGUUAUGAUGAAGGUAGCAUUCUUGUUAAACUUGGACGUGAAGAUCCUGCUUUAAGUAUGGAUAGUAAUGGAAAAAUUGUUUGGGCAAAACAUAACGAAUUGCAACAAGCAAAUGUUAAGAAUCUUGGCGAUAUCAACGUAAAGGAUGGUGAGAGAUUACCUAUUUCUGUUAAGGACAUGGGCAGCUGUGAAUUGUAUCCACAAACGAUCGCGCAUAACCCUAAUGGCAGAUUUGUAGUUAUAUGCGGCGAUGGAGAAUAUAUUAUAUACACUGCUAUGGCUUUAAGAAGUAAAAGUUACGGAAGUGCAAAUGAAUUUGUCUGGGCUGCCGAUUCAUCUCAAUAUGCUAUUCGCGAAGGCACGUCAAAGGUUAAAAUUUUUAAGAAUUUUAAAGAAAAGCAAACGUUCAAGCCAGAUUAUGGAGCUGAAGGCAUUUACGGAGGUUACUUACUAGGAGUAAAGUCGUCAACGAGCUUGACAUUUUUUGAGUGGGAUUCACUUAGAUUAGUUCGAAGAAUAGAAAUUGUACCGAAAACGAUCUCCUGGUCAGAUAGUGGUGAAUUAUGUUGUAUUGCUACCGAGGAGUCAUUCUUUGUUUUAAAAUACAAUCAAGAAAUUGUAGUUCAGACACCCGAGAAUGAUGAAAGCGUCACUGAAGAUGGCAUCGAAGCUGCCUUCGACGUUCUAACUGAGGUACAAGAAGUGGUAAAAACCGGUAUAUGGGUAGGCGACAGCUUUAUUUUCACAAAUUCAGUUAAUAGAUUAAAUUACUUCGUUGGAGGAGAAAUAGUUACUGUUGCUCAUUUGGAUGGGGUUAUGUAUCUACUUGGCUAUAUACCGAAAGAUAAUCGGUUAUACCUUGGUGAUAAAGAUUUAAAUAUUGUUAGUUACUCGUUGCCGUUAUCCGUUAUGGAAUAUCAGACAGCGAUUAUGCGAAAAGAUUUUGACACUGCGGAUAGGGUAUUACCAACUAUACCUGAGGAUCAGAAGACAAGAGUUGCGCGCUUUCUUGAAAAACAAGGCUUUUUAAAGACAGCAUUACAAGUAUCUACGGAUCCUGAUCACCGAUUUGACCUUGCCAUUAGUACUGAUAACUGGAAUUUAGCGUUUCAGUUUGCUAAAGACGCUGAGUCACCUCAGAAAUUUAAACGCUUAGCAGAACAAUGUAUGAAAAAUGGUGCUUUUGAUUUGGCUGAGAAAUGCCUUGAAGAGUCCGGUGAUUUUGGCGGAUUGUUAUUGUUAGCUACAUCAUCUGGAAACGCUGAUAUGAUAUCAAGAUUGGCUAGCACGUCUAAAAAGAAUGAUAAGACAAAUAUAGCAUUUGUCUCUUGUUUCCUGCUCGGCAGGUUGGACGCUUGCCUGGAAUUAUUAUGUUCUACUGGCCGAUUACCGGAAGCUGCAUUCUUCGCUCGUGCUUACCUACCUAGCCAAGUAUCACGAGUUGUAAAAUUAUGGCAAGAAGAUUUAGGAAAAAUGAAUGAAAAAGCAGCGAAUUCUCUCGCUGACCCAGAGAAAUAUGAAAAUUUAUUUCCAGACUUAUCACAAGGUAUUGAGAUUGAAAGCAUCUUAAAACCGCAACUCGGCUUACUAUCUCCAGCAUCGGAGUAUCCAAAAGUCAAGGUAAUCGAUCUGUUAUAUUACAUUUAUUUGAAUAGUAAACAAUAUUUAUUGUACCUGAAAGAAUUAAUGCUAUAA